AUGCGAAAGUGUGAAUAUUUCAAAAUCGAAUUAGCCGAAGAGGAGUCAGCGUCGCCCACUGGUAAUAAAACUGACACAGCAAAUGACAUUCUUCUCUUCGUGCACCACUUUCAAGUACCACAGGCAACGUCCUGGAGUUGUGAACCGCAUUUUCUUGCCAAACAGAAAUCAACUCAUUUUUGUGAUUACAACUCCCGACCCAUCAUCAUGAAAAUGGAUACUUACACGGAGAGGUCACCCAAUAUAUUAAAAGUGAAGCAGUAUACAAAGAUUAUACCUGAUCCUACCUCAUAUAUGGAUGGACUUCACACCUAUGCGGAAAUUUAUGCAGAUGGUCAAACUCUUGCUGAAGCCUCCCCGCCAUGUCCUCGAGUUGAUAGAUUCUGCAUCGUAACAGCUAAUUCAGAUCUCUCAGGAGGUGACGAUGGAUCAAGCGGAGGAUCAGGAUCAGCUGGUUCUGGUGAUUCAUCUGAUAAGGAUGACGAGGGACCAAAAAGGCAAUUUGUGGUGAAAUCACCUCGUCUAGUUAUUCGAAUAGUUGUAGCAAAGCCCUCCAAGCCACCGCCACAUGAGCCUAGUGGAGAGGAGAGUGUAAUGAAUAAUGGAAAGGAUCCCUACGAGACAGAUAAAAAGCUGGAUUUAUUCAUAAUGCUACCUAAUUUUACCUUCACACUUACUACUCUUUCACCUAGAGUCGAUGGCGCCUGCGCACCGAAUCAGCGAGCAUGUGACGAUUCCUACUGCAUACAAAUUGGACAUUGGUGCGAUGGAGUGGUCAACUGUCCCCUGGGACAAGACGAGGGUGACGCCGCAUGCAAUCCAGAAAAGACAAACCCUAAUGAUAGUACUGACCCACCUGAUACUGAGGGCAAUCCAAAAAACGGCCAGGAGGAUCAGGACCAGGAUAUGGAAAAACAUUCUGCCAUUAUCGGUUCCAUCUCGCUCAUCCUCAUUUUCAUUGCUGUCAUCUGCAUGUUUUUCGCAAUUCGAAGGAAGAGGAAGGAGGCGAGUAAUCAUAUCAUAGAGAUAAAAUUGCCCCCAGAGCUUGAUGGAUCUCGAUUAAGCUCAAAUCACACAAAAAAUGGCAUGAAAAAUGCCUCCUCAUCCUCCCUCCAAGCUGCCAAAUUACUCAACACUGACGUGAUAAUCGAUAUGGACGAAUUGGAGAAUGACCCCCCAUUCUCCAGUUCUGGGGAUGCACUUCUUGGUCGAGAAUCUGGAUCAAAUCAGAAAGGAGUCUUUGCAAAUCACAAUUGGGAAAGAAAAGCGUCGCCAGCUAUUGCCAGAGCUUUCGGACUGAAUUCAAACACCAAAUCACCUGCUACUAAGUCCAGUAAAUCGAGGAAUGCUCUCCUCCACCAUCAGCAGAUUCAACAGCGCCAGCAACAGCCCAAACAACAGAGAGACCCUUGGCAAUCGGAUGUCAAUUUAAUUCAACACUCCCAAACCCAUCAUUCUCGUGGAAAAUUGAAUAUCCGGGAGAUUUAUGAGGAAGAAGCUAAAUUACUAGAUUUGGCCUGUUUUUCGGGUUUCCGAAUGCUCGCCUGCUGCAUGUCAGUGGAAGGAAAGUCUUCACGAAUUAAUCAAAUAAUUACUCUUUUGCAGGAAUUAGAUCGAGGUGAUUCAGCCAAGACUGCCGAUGAAGUGACUAAUCUUCGCUACAUUCAACCACAGCUUCCACCUAGAAUGAAUAAUCUGCCGCCACCCAUAUCAUCAACAGCAUGCACCAAAAGUCGACAUUCUCGAAAUUCACGUCCAUCACAAUCAUCGAGCAAAGCUCAAGAAGAGCCACGAGAUAAAAGUAGCCACCGCAGACACCACCAGGGACAUCACCACCAUCGCAAUCAACACCAGAAAUCCGAACGUGAUCAAGUACAACGACAAAGGACUUUCAAUAUGGAAGUGUCAGAUCAAGAAACUCACGUUCUUAACUGCAAACUCCUCACAGAACAACAAAGAACCCGAUCAUUAGCAACAUCAAGAUUCCGUCUUUAUGAUAAUCGAGAAAUUGUGGAUCCGUACGGGGUGGAAUUCAGUAGUUCCAGGUCCUCAUCAACACACUUUACAAGUUCUUCAAAAUCAACAGAAUCAAUAAGCUCUACAAAAUCUUCUACCACAAGCUGUUCAUCGAAAACGUUUACUUCAGUCUCUUAUAAUCCACAAAAAAGGAUUCAAAGGGGUUAUGAAAACUUAGUGGCUUACAGUGUUCGACUAAAGGCUUUUAGAAGCAUGCCUGAUGUGGCAGGAGCUACAGGAACAACUCUUAUCUCAUCAACAAGCGGUCGAACUGGGGGUGGUUAUCAACUUGCAGUGAAUUGUGGUCACAAAGACUGCAGAGAUUACUACCGUCUCCAAGCUCUGAGAUCUGAUCUGCAGACGGAACGUAACAGACGCCCAAAUAAGAUCAGUUUAGAUAAACCGGUACUUCUACGUGAGAGGGAAAUCGAACUGACACCAUCAUCUGAAGAAGGAGAUGCACCGGAGAGAAUAGGAGAUUGCUCUAGUGUUGGUGGAAAUCCUGAAGAUAAGUCAAUUCUCCUUCCUAAUCCAAUCGCCUCAGAUGCCUACUCUGUGCAUGGACUCAGUGAUGCCGUUAGUGUGGAAUCGUCCAAAGGUGGAAGUGAGGCUUCACACUCUGCUUUUACCGAUGAGUCCAACGAAAAUGGUCGGCAUGAUUCCUACUCCUCCUCGGAAUCUCCCCUCUCACCUCUUCCGCCUUCUCGAAUGAGCUCCGCCAAUCGAUCGCUUCCACGUAUUGCCUCACUCUCAAAACGCAUGGACUCACCCUCGAGCUCGAGGUCUCGGGUUCGUGUUCAUCCCACAGCACCCAACCUCCUUGUUUACGAGUACGAAGCCUAG